UUGAACAGUGAGCUCGGUCGUGAAGGUGGUGCACGCGUGUCCGUCUAUCAGAGUGCUGUUAUUGCGGCCGUACUGCAUCUGCCAACUGUGCUUCGGUUCUAUUGUGCCCGGUUUAUAGACAGUUAAAAGUGUAAGUGUGUCACGUUAAGGUGCAAUAACAGUAGCAGCAUCAUCAGCAGCAGAAACCCAACUAAAAAAACACACACAAUUGUUUGUGUAUUAUGUGCAAUUUACUGCAAAAGUAGUAGCGAAGGCAAACCCCGAAGCCUAACUGUGUGCGAGUGAGUUUUGUGUGUAUGAUAGAAGAAUUUCAGCUAAAAGUGUUGAUCGAAGCUCAGAGGGUCAGAUCUGUGUGCAUCCGAUCUAUGUAAAUUUAUGUAAUUGGUAUAUGUAGUGGUAAAAUUAAAUUAAAAGUAAAAAGUGUGUUUGCGCCAGUGUUUCAAGUGUGUGUUAGAAAGAGUGUAAAUUCUCCAACCGGCUGUCGAUGCAUUUCGCUGUUGGUGUGAAAUAUUCUAUUGUUUGAGUGUGUAAUUGAAAACGUGCGGUGAGUGUGUGAGUGUGUGUACGGAAUGUUUGGAAAGUGUGUGAAACUAAGUUCGUAAAUUUGUACAUAAAAUCAAGCACUAGAAACACCUUUGUCAGAAUAAAACGACAGCUGAGACGGGCGAAAAAAGGCAGCAGUUUAUAAUCAGGACACCACCCAUCUUGGUUGACCCACGCGCCAACAGUUAUUCUACUUGCAGAAGUCGUCCUGUGACACUUUUCACGACGAUUGUUUCUGCCCCCUCCAGAACUGGCCGGCGUUAGCGAUGGCGAAAGCAGAAUCAAUACAUAAUGGACUAAAAACAGACACAACCGAUGAUGUGGAAAAAUCGCUCGAACUGCUCGAUAAGGUCCUGUCGGAGUUCGAGGAAGAACCGGACCGGACAAACCACCUCAACCAUCAUCACCAUCAUCAUCACCAUCCGGCCGUGGAACCGGACAGCCCGUCGCAGGGCCACCAGUCCGAGGACGAUGGUUACAUGAGCAUGAACGGAAGAAGGGCCAAAUUUGUACCUGAUUUUCAACCGACAGACGAGGCCACUGCACCAACACAUCCGCAGCCAUCAUCACAGCAUGGGCAGCUUCAGCAGCAACAUUCGCUUCCGGUGCCGACGGAUGAAUCCUACUCGCCACCGUCGCCCGAGGAAGCGGAACGAAUAAUUUCCAAUUUGCUACCAAGAAUCUCUCCAAACACAUCGCCCAAACGGCGACCGAUGGCAGAAAAUGGUCCAACGGAGUGGCGCAGCAGAAAUCAAUCGAUUCGCACCUCGGACGCGAUCAGCAUCGGCGACAGUGACACUUCCGGCGACAACAAACCGUCCUCACACGACGAAACCAUCAUCACGAAAAGUCCUACACAAACAACACUGCCAAAGACGCGUCCACCGAAUGCGAUGCCCCAGCGAUACGCAAGUCUUCCAUGUUCGAGUCCACCCAAGUUGCAGGAUUUGACCGGAUCAAAUGAUGCCGCCGGCGGAAGUCUGGACGGUGGCCGAAACAAGCUCGGCAUCGGUAUCAGCGCGGUGCACGAUGCGGUACUGCGGGGGAUGGCCCGACUGCCCGAACCGAUCCUCAACGAACACCCCGUGACGAUCUACCCCGGCCGAGCGUCACCAACCCGCCGCAUGCCUCCCCGCACCCUGUCCGGUUCGAUGGAGCGCCACCGGUUUCCGGCGUCGGACAACUCCACCCCCUCGUCGCAGGAAAACUCCUCGCCCGAGAACAACGAGUCCGAGUACAACGAAUCGUCCCUGUCGCCCACACACGGACACCUGCAACCGCUCCAGGGUGGCACCCCCGUCAACUCACUGUUGAGCCGAAUAUUUCACCAAAAUGUGGCCGCAGCAGCAGUAACACCUCCGGUGUCGUCUACGGUCGGUGCUUCGCACCAUGCAGCACGCAGUCAUCGCCUACCCUCAUCGGCCGGUGGUGUCAUGCUACCGUCAAGAACGGCCGGACGACCGGGCGGUGACAGCGACGAUGAGCGUUUCUCCGACGAUUCACUCGAAGAAUCCUCCCUUCCACCACCACCCGGACCACCAACAGUACCUCCGCCUCCGUCCCUUUCCGCACCGGUAACACCGUCGAAACGGCACAGCAUCGCCUGGGAGGUGAAUCUGGACGAUCCGGCCAGCUUUGGCGAUCCGCUCAUCGCCACCACGCCGAAAAGCUCCACCGCCAUCAGCUCGAAGGUGGUUGGCCGACGGAAACCUGGCCCCAAGCACGCGACCAGCUCGCAGUCAAGCCUGGAAUCGACGCCCAGCAACAUCAAGAGCGAAUCGAACGAGUGGCCCGAUCCACCGGACAUACCAAUCUGCAGUACCGAGGAUGAGGCGGCGUCCAUUUACUCUGACUCUGACGACCUUAUACCACAUAUCCCGGACAUUAGCGGGCGCGGCACGUACAUCAUACGCAAGGGACGUCGGCAACGGCAACGGCUUGCCAGCCUCGACUCGGAAGCGCCCAACAUCCUUCCGGACGCUCUUUCGCAUCCCAUGCAGCUGCAGCCGCAGCAGCAGCACAAAUCGCAACGGCCCGACUCGCUCGGUGACGAUCACAUCCUGCGUGGUCUCCCGAGUCCCGUUUUUCCCGCGUCAAUGAUCACGCCCAAAUCACGCCACAGCAUCGAUCUCGGCCUAUCGUCGGCGAACAAGGCUGGCGGGCUUGGCGGUGGUGUGUCGCUCCUCAAAUCAUCACCCUCGGCACCCCAGAAGCUACCCAGCUCCGUACUGUCCCCAAGGUCACGAUUAUCAUUAGACUUAAGUUCACCUACUACCUCAGAGCUUUCAACUAAUGUUAUAAAGAUCACCACACCGACCGGAAGCUAUCCUUCGCCGGUGCCGGUGCACCAUCCUCCUCACGUCUCCUCGCCGCUCGGUGCUGCACCUUCACAGCAUCACGGGACCGUAGUACUGAACGGGCUCCUCAACCACGGCAGCAGUGGUGGUAGUCUGAGCAAAAGCACCAAACAGGCAGCUGGAGCAGCAGCAACGGCAACGGUCAGCAGCAACGGUGCUAGCAGUACCAGCAUUGUCAACAUCGGUUCCGGACCUUCGGGCACCAAUCAACCGCAAUCAGCCGCACCAUCGCAACCACCGGUCGUGUCGGCCCGGUACACCGAGUUUAAGACGUACAGCUCGACGUUCGACGCGCUACAGGCACUGGACACUUCGUCCAGCAAUGGUGGUUGUGGUGGUGGUGCCGGCGCUUCCACCAACGGUGGAACCACUGGCAACCAUCUGAACGGAUGUGGUCCGGGCGUAUCGAGCGCCAGUGGGUCCGACAAUCCGCUGCUGCGUGUAUCCUCGCUGCCUACCAUUACGCCACCGCUUACAUCCUCCGCAACAGCCGAAGGUUUGGCGACACCGCGCCGUGAACUGGCCCCGCCAAUCGAAGAGGACGAGGAAGCGGACAGCGACACACAACGGGGAGUUCCGCUGCGCAAGAUAGAAGAUAACAUUAGUGCUUUAUUACGUGGUGAUAUAUCCGUUGCUAGAGUAGCCGACAUACCUCCAGCAAGACGUCCACUAGGUUUUCGUCUAGGUGUUCAUAAAUCAGAAAGUGCCAAAGAAAUGCUACUGUCGCAGGCCGGCCUCGGACCGUUGCCACCAUCGCCGCCCUCGUCCAGCCCGGAACCGCAGGACAGUGAUGAGUUUCCUCCACUACCACCAUCACCGACGGAAGAGCCCGAAGUCCUACACCAGAUGCACGGUAUACGCAUCAGCUCACGCAAUCGUAGCAGCAACGGAACACCGAACGGUGGCAGUAUCAGCAAGCACGAUCAGCUGCUGCACGGCUACCGAGAACAAGAUCACCCGCCUGCAAUUCCACCCCAUCGUGGACCAUCGAUAAAUACGCUUAAAACACGGUCGAUGGACGCUGGGUUCAGUAAAUCGUACCGUAAUGGUUCGUUCGGUUCGUCGACAUCCCCGCACGCCCCCGGUACACUUCCUCCCGAUUUGCCCGGUUGCAACUCGCGACGAAGAGUCAUCACCGGUGGCUACCAGAAGCGCACCGCACAAAGUCCCCGCGAGGAAAGAUCGCUGCAAACGUCCUGCAGCCUACCGGAGACGCCCAUCUUUGCCCGAGGCUGUGACAUACCAAGAACACCACAUCGACGUGCCCCAGAAGUGCCACCGCACGGUAGCGGUAGUCGUACGGCACCGAGGACAAACUCCACCACCAGCAGUCUCGGAUCGUCCGUCGUCGGCAUCAGUGCAUCGACCACGAUCGGCAGCCGACAGCGCAGCAUCAGCCAGGCGCUGGCCAACGGGGAGAUGCUCAGGCUGGCCGGCGGUCCCGCCCGGGGCUGGUACCCGAAGCAGCGCCACCCGAGACCGGCCUCCACGGAGAAUCUGGACCGGCUGCAUCCGCAGGGAUCGCUGCGCGCCUGGGAGGCAGCGGGUACGGGUAGCCGCAAACCGCUCACCCUACCACCAAAUCUUACACCCAAAUUUUUCAACAAGUCACCGCGUGAGGCACUGCGCCGGGUUACUAGUUUGCUCAUACGCAAAGGCAAUUCCGGAACAAAGGAUAAGGAAUCGAAAAAGGACAAGGAGCAGCAUCAGCAGCAACACCAUCAACCGCAUCAUCAUUCGCAACAUCCGCAACACUACCACUAUCAGCAGCAGCAGCAGCAACAGCAUCACCGUGAUUCGUCAUCCGUCUUCCUGCAACGUUCGCCCGGUUCCGAUGUGACCGAUUCGCGAAGUUUCCCACAACAAUCGUCCCAGCACACGACACCGACGACCCAGAAGAAGAAAGGUUUCUUCAAGAGCUUCUGGAAAAAGUCCCGCCACUAUUCGCUCGAGAAGCAGUAAAGGUUUCGCUUUCCAGCACUUACACACACGGAACAGCGCCUUCCCAAAAACCGUGGUAGACAGAAAAAAGUCUAUUCUCUGUUCUCUGUCGUGUACUGAAGUAAGAAUGGAAGUUCUUUCCUAACAGACCGCGAUCGAUCGUGGCGUGAGUAGCAAGCGACGGAAAGGUACGUACCUUUUUACAUUGACCCUUUUGGCCGGAGACACCGUCUUUACAUCGUGUCACACCUUCUGUACGCGCAUCGUAGCAACAUCGCACUGGACAGAAACAUCGGUGAAAAGAGAGCUUUUUUCUCAGUGAACAAAAACAAAAACAACAUAACGCUGUGUUUCAGCGAUUCCCAACAAACCCCGAACUAGAACACUAGAACAGUAAAAACCGCACAAAUAAGGCAAAAGUAAAUAAACUGGAAUUUUGUUGAGUGAAAAGUGAAAGAAAACAGGUGCAACUAGAACCUACUCUAGUACGUAUACAUUUUAACAACCCAAAUGAAACCUCCUGCAACCGCAGAACCUCUUCUAUUCUCGCACGCGAUGGCAAAUAUUGAAUGAAGAACGUACGGGCGGAAACUGUGGGACAAAGUUUUUAAAAACAUUACUUUCAUGUUGUCAACUACAAGCAAACAGUAGGAACGAGACACCAUCUUAAAACGUUCCAUUCUUUUUGAAAAUAUCUUUGAUAACCACCACAAACGUGUUUUCAACAGCAUCCAAAAACAAGUAACAUUUGUUACAAAAUUCGGGAUAUGUUUGCAUAUUUUUGUUAUCAACCUGCAGUUAGUACUUUUUCGCAUUGAAAAAAAACGGAGAAGAUAAAUCUCAAUUUACUAUGAAUUGUGUGUAGUGUUGUUGUGUGCGUUGCAAGAAUGAUUUAGAAUAGAGGAAAAUGAUUGUGAAAGUUUAGAUUGAAAUUGGUACUAGAAAGUUUGCAUAGAACAAAAGUUAGAAAGUGAUAAGCAAAAUGAAGAGUAAAACAAAAAAACUGUCGAAUGAAUGAAAUUAACGACCUUUGAGAGAGGAAAGUGUAAACCAGAAAAAAAGGUAAUAGGCAAACCCAAUGAUAUUAAUUAGAAGAAGAAAGGCAUGGCACAAACAAGUAGAUAAGAUGGACAAAAACUAAAAAAGAUGAAAAAGACAACAACAAAAAAGAGUAUCCUUCUCUGUUUCCAUCUACGGAAGAAGGCUUCAUUCGGCUUCAAAGCAGUGAAUGUACAAGAUAAGACGUACUAAACCCAGUGAAAAGGACCCGUGCUCUCCGAAAAGUGUGUCCAGUAAAGCGAUAGGUUCGUUUGUACAAGAAAAACGGUCAUGUAACGACGCGGCGUGUGUAUCAGUUCGGUUUUGGUUUUCUCGAUCCUGUUUAUCCUAAGCGAUUUGUUAGAUUAUGCUUUCUCUUGUACAGACUGUUAUGAAAUAUGUUAUGGUAGCUUUAAGCGUUUUUUUUCUUUUGUUUUUUCUGUUUUUGUUUGUUUUUUGUAUUUUCUUAGCUUUGCUGUUUCUAACUGAUACAUAGAGAUUAUUCUUCCACUGUUACUUUUUCCUUUUUUUACCAUUUGGUAGAUUUCGCAGUAAUACAGUUAUGCUUUCGUUAACCUUAACUUAAUUCAAUCGCCUAGAAUGCGUCUUUCGAAUGCGUUGCCCAAAAACUGAAUCACAUAAUAAAAAAAAACCCCAAUUUGUCUCCUCAGAAAAACAAACGAAACAAAAAGACAUUUUUUAUCACAGCACUAUCCGGCAACGUAAAUAUUAAAAUAAGUCUUAACAAUGUCAAACUCCUCACAGUAAAAAAGUGAAUGCUAUUGCACACGUACAUACACACUCUCACAUACACAGUGUCAACAAACGUUCACAAUACAUACACACAUGAAAACGACUUUUCAAAGAACAGCGGUACCCUUUUAGAACGACAGAAAACGUUAAUAACAAAACAUUUAAGAAAAACACGCUUUCAAAAUAAUGUCAACGUAAAUGGGGGAGAUAGUAAGUGCGAUGCGAUAAAACAUAAGUAAACAACAAAAAAAAGAAAUAAAGGUUAAACAUAACAUAAUAAAGAAUGUAACGAAGACAAACAGUGCGAGAACGAUAAUGUUAAUUCAAAGCGUGAGCGCGAAAUGAACCAACCUAAACCUAAGAGUCCCAUCUGCUAACAAACAAACAAACAAGCAGCCUGCAUAAACUGAACAAAAUCAUCCUCUAGCCCCCCCUUACCCGUGGAUGAUAGAGCUCAUCCACCAUCAUUUCACUCCUUCCUUCCAUCCUUUUAACAAUCAGCAUUACACGGCAGGAGAAAAUGGAACACAAAACCCCUUACAAAAACCGCAAACAAACCCCUAAAAAAUGUAUCUCACAUUUUGCUUACAAUUUGUAUCGAAACAGUUAGCAUAAAUAAAAAUCACACUCUAGUACUCAGCGAG